AGGAGAAACGUGAAUAAUACACAUGUAGUCCAAAAAUUACAUUACUAGCUCUCGGAAUUGGUGUAACGAAGACAUGGAUGAAAUGAAAAGGGCCCAGGAGAUGUCGUAUCUAAGGCCACAUCAUUCUAUUGAUUUAGCUGAACGAGUGCUGGCGAGUGAACAAGAUUGCGCUGUUUGUGUGUCAAGUAUCAAGUCGAAAGCAUUCAUCGCGUUUAAUGUGAGUCAAGGAUUUUGGAGAAAAAGCGUGAAAUGUGGCAAAAUAAUUCUUCUGGUGGAUGAUGAGAAAGCCACCAUUGUGGAGCCUUUCCUAACAGGAAUAUCAGAGCAAAGUCUCCUAUCUGCCAAAGCAUUUUUCAGUAAAACAGCUGUGGAAGAUGAGUGGAACUUCAUUUUCUCCAUGUAUAACAUCAUAGUGACAACAGGGAAGGCUUUUGCAUGGAUGUUGAUUGCUAGAACAGUGGACCUGUCAUCAUGCAGUUUAAUUAUUUUUGAUGAAUGCCAUCUUGCCUUAAAAGAGGAGAACCAUUUUGCAGUUAUACUAAAGCAAAUGGAACUUAGUAAACUUGAUUCUAGACCACAGAUUGUAGGCCUUUCAUCACAAAUUCUUCGCCAUCAAGAUUGUUCAAAGGAUAUGGAAAUCUUCUUAACCUCACUGGAGCAGAUAUUUCAUUGCAAAACAUUUGUUUCUAGUGAUCUUCUGGCUUUGAACCAAUAUGGAGAAUACACUGAAAUGGAAAUAUGCUGUUUUACCAGCAGUCAUGUCCAGGAUCAACGUAUUUCCAAUCUGAGUGAUAUUUUACAAAGUGCUUUGUUAUUUCUAAAAGGUUACAGAAUAGAUCAAGUGACUGACACUUGUGUAGCAUUUGUAAGACAUGUUUUGACUGAGGGUUACAGGGUUCUUUUAUUGUUGGGAUCGUGGUGUACCUUGUAUGUGGCAAAAAUCAUUGUUAAGGAGAUUGAAAAGCUGGAGAAGAAGUCCAUAGACAAUGAGAUUGUGCUUAUUUUACAGUUCUGUAGAACACAGAUUAGUUUAGUUAUCAGUAUUUUAGAACAAGAAAAGUUGGAAAUUUCUGAGAAUGACUUAACUGAUUUAGGAACAAUACUUCUCUUUCGCACAUCCAUGCAUUUAAAACCUGAACACCAGCAGAAAAAUGACUCAGAGAAAACUUCAGAUACUGAUCAGAGCCUAUGCAAGGAACCUAACCAGUCCACCGAAUCACUUGUCAUAGGCCAGAAUCCUUCUUGUGAACGUCAAGACAAUCCUCAAGCCACAAAUCAUUCAAAGGUGCAAGCAUCUUAUGGGACUAAAACUCAAUGCAAUGAUCCGCUUUGUGUUAUUCUUGUUCCUAGCACAAUUGUUGCGAAGGCACUGAAUUCACUUCUUAAGAAACUGUCCAGUACAGUUUUCAAGUACAGCUUCCUUAGGAGUGCAUGCAUAUAUGGUAGUAAAGCAAAACAAGAAAUGAAAGAGUCAAAUUUUUCUGAAGAAGUGGAUGACAGUGUAAUGGUGUGUGUUCAAGAUGGUUCUGUGAAUGUUCUGGUUGCAACAUUUGAAAUUGAACAAGAACUGUAUGCCAAGAGAUGUAGUCUGUUGAUUCGUUUGGGUAUGCCAAAUACUUACAAGAGUUAUUACAGCAUAAAGAGUAAACUGAAGUCUGCUGGAGGCAACCUUGUAGUUCUUGUGAGAGAAGAAGAACUGCUUAAGACAGAGGAGAAAUACCAGACUUUUCAGAGGAUAGAGAAACUUUUAAUGGACAGGUGUCCAAACAGCCGGCCUCCAGGUUCAGAGAUAAGGAAACUGUUUCAAGAGAGCCUGAUGGAUGUCUAUCAACCCUUUGGUGAAGUAGGCGCUGAGGUUGAUCUUCUCUCCAGUAUUGCUCUGGUUAACAGUUAUUGCAGCAAGUUCCCCAGUGGUGGAAUGGGCAAUCCAGUCCCUGUGUGUAGAAUACAAGAAGUGUGGUCAGACCAGGAAGUAAAGUUUGUUGCUACACUGCACCUCCCCCGAAACUCUCCCGUUUACCAACCUACAAAGGGCAGUGUAACACUGAAGAAGACUGACAUUAAUGAGGAUGAAGUGAGAAAAGCCAGAGUCAAGUGUGAAAUGCUUGCUGCUCUGGAGGCUUGUCGACUGUUGCACGUAAGGGGAGAACUGACUGACGAUCUUCAACCUGUAUUCAGGUUGCGCGCUUAUAAUCUUACGGCUCAACAUGAACCGUGUGACUUUGAAGUUGCGGAUGGUGGUGUCGGAAUGGACGGAACUAUAAAGAGAAACCGAGCUUACAAGAAAAAGUUCCCUACCCUGCUAGAAAACAACUUCCCCGUUUGCGACGAACCAUGUUAUGUUUAUGCUCUCACCAUGGAGUUGACCAAACCGUUGAACUUUGAACGUGCUGUCAGGUCAAGAAGUAAAAUUCAGUCUACCUCAGGUUCUUACAGUCUUGGGAUUCUAUCCAGAAAACAACUACCCAAGUUGCCUUGUAUGGCAAUAUUUGACAGAGCAGGGGAGGUAACUGCUUCUGUUACUGAGUGCUGUCCUUAUCCCAUUGUCCUGACCGCUGACCAGCUUUCACUCCUGCAGAGAUUCACCGAGUAUAUCUUCAAGGAGAUCGCAAGACCGAAAAAGGAAUCUCCAGCAACCUUCAUAUCGUUUGACCCAACCAUUGCUUCCUCUGGGUAUUACAUUGCACUUCUAAAGGAUGUCUCCAGUAGACGCUCUCUCGCUGGCACUUCUCGAAACAAUCACAAGGAAAUUGCAUUUGAUUUCAUAUUCUCCUUAGAGAGUAAACUUGUCAGCUUUAAAAAUCCUGUCUAUCCAGGGCCACCUGACAUCACCAACGCUGAGAUUUUCAGAGAUGCAGUUGUAACAGCCUCUUACAACGAGAAACGAAGCCAUUACUAUGUGGCUGAAAUAUGCUACGAUCUCAGCCCAGCAGACCCAUUUCCAAAUACUGACGUAGCUGGUACUUUUGCAGAGUACUUUAAAAUUCGUUACGAUGUGGAGGUAUCCUUGGACCAGCCCAUGCUAGAUGUGGAUCACACAUCAUCACGACUUAACUUCCUGUUACCGAGAUACCAGAACUUCAAGGGACAACACCUGGCUAUACCAGAGAAGAAUUCCAAGCGGUCAAAGAGGUCUAAGGUUUUUAUGAUUCCUGAGCUGUGUUCCAUUCAUCCUGUGCCGGGGUACCUCUGGCGGCAGUUGUCCAAUCUGCCAGCCUUACUGUACCGUAUGGAAUCACUUUUGGUUGCUGAGGAGCUGAGAUGCCGGGUUGCAAGGGAUCUCGGUAUAGGAGCUGUGGAUUGGCCAAAUGAUGUUCCACUGCCAGUAGUGACAAUUGGAGAGAUGAUGGGCGAGGAAAUUCUGUCAGAAAAAUAUUCUUCUGCUGGUGAGAAAAACAGCAAGAGGUCCUCUGCAGUGGCUGAAGACAACCCGAGCUCUUCUUUCUCCACAGACCUUCCCGAAGUGUUUAUGGAUCUCAAGAUUUCCAACCAAGUAGAACUGACUGAGAAAUCUGCUGCCAAAAGUCUUGCCGUGGAGCUCUUUCAUGAUGCCACAGCGUACUGUUUGUCAAUGAGUUCUGAGAAGUUUCUGUUUGAAAAUUAUUGCACUGAAAAAGAAUGCAAACCACUCUUUCGUCCAGCACCUCAUCAAAGUCCACUGACCUUCAGUAAAGAAAAAGAAGACAUUUGGCCACAUAAGCUGUCGGAUUUUAAUGUACCCCUUCCUACAAAGCCCAGAGCAUUUGACUGCGAUUCAAUAUUAGUAGAUGACAAAGAAAGCGAAGUGUCUGCCAUCUCAAUUUGGACGGACCCGCUUCUUUCAAACUUCUAUCGAACCUGUGGCCCGUCAUCAUCCUUGAUUCUACGUGCCCUGACAACAACCUCGGCUGGAGAUGUAUUUUCUCUCGAGCGUCUUGAAGCUCUCGGCGAUUCGUUUGAGAAAUUUGCCAUAUCUUCUUCCGUUUUCUUCAAACACAGGCUCGAGAACGAAGGCGUUCUAUCUUUCCUUCGGGGUAUCAAAGUUAGCAACCGGCAGCAGUUUUACCUGGCAAGGCGACGUGGUCUCCCGUCGUAUAUGUUUACCCGAAUGUUUAACCCUUUGGUAAAUUGGCUGCCCCCUGGAUUCUAUCUAAACGACGACAGCAACGCUGGAAACUCGGGUUACGAACAUCUCUCCUUGAUUCCAGACACAUUUUCCGAUGAGGUUGAUGACGAGGAAGACGAUGAAAGUAUUUUCGCGGAGACGGAAAGUUCAGGUUACAACGCUGAUUCCCAGCAGGGUGAAUCCACUGACGUCCAACUUAACUCCUACCUUCAUGUCUGCUGCUCUGAUAAGUCCAUUGCUGAUUGCACGGAAGCCCUUAUUGGUGCAUUCCUUUUGUGUUUUGGAUCCGACGGGGCUUUCAAGUUUCUGGAAUGGUUGGGUAUGGAAAUAGCGAGACAGGAGAAAGAUGAAAACUUAGUAGAUAACUCAUCUUCUGACGAUUUCGCUCUCGAUUCAGUUCCCAAACCAACUUCGACCAUAAAAUUCCACGAUGUACCUCACCAAGCUCCUGAAACAAUGGUAGAAAACAUGUCGUCAAACGACGUAACUGUUCCUAUUCCACCUAUCGGUGGGUUCUCUUCUGAACAUGGGUCGACUAGUGACGAGUUCAAGGACGUGGAGGAAGCUCUACAUUAUCACUUCCACGACAAAUCUUUGCUACUGCAAGCCUUCACCCAUUGUUCCUUACCACGGGACUAUAACUCUAUCAGAAACAGCUAUGAGCAACUGGAGUUCUUGGGAGAUGCAUUGUUGGAUUUUCUAGUAAUGCGCCAUUUGUACAUACAACACAGACACAUGUCCCCAGGCGAGCUGACUGAUCUGCGUUCUGCCGUGGUAAACAACUACAGUUUUGCUGUUCUGGCGGUGAAAUUGGGCUUUCCUAGACAUUUGAGAUCAUUGUCGCCACAGCUGUUUGGCAUGGUGAACACUUUUGUGGUAAAGCUGAAAGAGAAAGAGAUGAAGCAUGCGACAACACAUGAGAAGAAUAACGAGAUUUACUCCAGUGUUUUUGUGAUGGCGACCGAGGGUAGAGAGGAUUCUGAGCAGGUAGAGGUACCUAAGGCAUUGGGUGACCUGUUUGAGGCUGUCGCUGGUGCAAUUUACUUGGACUGUGGCGCAGACCUUGAAAGGGUGUGGGAAAUCUAUUUGCCCAUUCUCAAGCCCUCGAUAGAUUACUACUCAGACCAUCCUCCCAUGUCAGCCGUGCGGCGAUUGUUGGAGAUGAUGCCCGGUGCAGCCAAGUUUUCGCCGGUCGAGAGAAUGGUGGAUGGUAAAUUUAAAUGUACCCUGACUGUAUCAGGUUGUGGAACUUUCGUUGCUACAGGAAGAAAUUUCCGAAUUGCAAAAUCAACAGCUGCCCAGAAAGCGCUGAGGGCUCUUCAGCAGAUGGAGUCAGAGACAAAAACAUAAAACACAUGAUUGUCACUGACAUUUUCUCAGUUUGACGAAGAAAGGUGACCGAUGUAUGUCACGAAUUGACAAGCUACAGAUGAACACUGAGUUAACGCCCGCGAGCACUUUUAUUCGCGCGAGCAGCAAAACUCCCGCUACAAAGUAGUUUUUAAACGACUAAUAACGUGGUUAUUAAUUGGCUGAAUUAUUAAGUUGCUCAUUUUUUUAAUUUCAGAAAAAGAUUUCAUUUAUCUCUUACAGAUUCAGUUUGUUGAGUUUGUUUAUCACAACACUGAUGCAGUCUAUUUACUCUUAGUUUUUAUCAGUUCGGUAUUUUUAAUUGAAAUUAUCAACUACCGCUUGUCAAUGGACGGUAAGAGAUUUUUUAUUGCUGUACGAGGAUACAUUUUGUGUGUUAUAUUUUACGGUUUACACGGUGCACGCAUUCUGUAAUAAAUUACCUAUUAUUACUUCGA